AUGACCGCCAAGGCAGUCGACAAAAUCCCCGUCACCCUCAGCGGGCUGGUGCACCUGCCCGAAGGCCUUUAUCCCACGGAAGACGCCCUGCCGCCGUCAGUCAUCGGUUUUCCCAGCGUGGACCUGGGCGGACCGUUUGACCAGCUCAGCGAUGGCCUGAUCGGUGCUGACAUGAGCGACAAACGAACGCUGGACUUGCAAUACGCCUGCAGCGGUUUCGCGCCGCCGCCUCCGCGUAGCCAAUCCUUCACCUACAUGGGCAAGUUCUCCAUCGACCCUCCGUAUCCCGGCGCCAGCUGCUACGCGGCCGACGGCAUCCUCAACUUGGUCAGCGCGGGCAUCCUGCAGGGAGUGGCCGCGCCGUCGACAGCAUCCCCGGCCUCUGCCGCGGCGGUUCCAUCCUCCACCGCCGGAUCCAGCCCCGCGGGGCACGGAUGCGCCAUGGCGCUGGCUGCCGGGGACCUGGAGCAUCUCUACUCGCCGCAGGGGCAGCCGCCGCCGCCGCCUUACUCCGCCUGCGGGGAGCUUUAUCAAGGCCAGGCGCAGCAGCCGGCGCCGUCCGACGGCUCCUCGCCCUUCCUGGCCGCCUCAACGGGAUCCUAUCCGCCGCCCCCUUCCUACCACCACUCCCCCAAGAGCGUGGGGUCGGUGGGACCAGACCCCGCCGGCCUCUUCUCCAUGAUCCCGGAGUACGCGGGCUUCUUCCAGCCGCCGCCACCGCCGCCGCCGUGCAGCCAGCGCGACUUCCACGGCCCGCCGGAGCGCAAGCCUUUUCCCUGCGCCCUGGAUUCGGUGCGCGUCCCGCCGCCGCUCACGCCUCUCUCCACCAUCCGCAACUUCACGCUGGGCGCACCCCCGAGCGGGCUGAGCGAAGGGCCCUCCUCAGGGACGGCGGUCAGUGCGCGCCUGGCGUCGGGUGCCUACGGGGGCCCGGGCAGCCUGCCGCUACGCCCCAUCCUGAGGCCGCGCAAGUACCCCAACCGGCCCAGCAAGACCCCGCUCCACGAGCGGCCCCACGCUUGUCCGGCCGAAGGCUGCGACCGGCGCUUCUCGCGCUCCGACGAGCUGACGCGGCACCUGCGCAUCCACACGGGCCACAAGCCCUUCCAGUGCCGCAUCUGCAUGCGCAGCUUCAGCCGCAGCGACCACCUCACCACCCACAUCCGCACGCACACCGGCGAGAAACCCUUCGCCUGCGACUUCUGCGGCAGGAAGUUCGCCCGCAGCGAUGAGCGCAAGCGGCACACCAAGAUCCACCUGCGGCAGAAGGAGCGCAAGGUCGCCGGUGCCGGUGCCGCCGCCGCAGCCGUCGGGGCGCCCCAGGUUACACCCGGCCCCGGCGCAGGCGGUCUGCCUUCGUGCGGCGCUCGGACGCGGACGCCUUGA